CAAGCCUGAGAUUGGGGUCAGAACAGAAGAGACGCUUGGAUCCCAUACAAGGAAAGGUGUCUACAGGUCCAACCUGAAUGCCGUGUCCUCGGCUGCCCUGGCUCCGCCGCCACCGAACCUCCCAGGGCUCUGGCCCCGGCUCCCCAACUACCCUUUCUGCACCCAACUCCCCUAACAGAGGCGAAGACGAGGAUGCAGAAGAGGAGGAGGGCGAUGGCACCCCUGGCUCAGGCCCCAUUCUGCCCCCCGCAUCCCCCAUGGAAUGUCUGAUCUGCGUAUCACCCUUCGACGGCAUUUUCAAGUUGCCUAAACGCCUGGACUGCGGCCACGUAUUCUGUCUCGAGUGCCUGGCACGCCUGUCGCUGGCUACUGCGGGUGGUGGUGAUGCAGUGGCUUGCCCCAUGUGCCGCGCGCCCACACGCUUGGCCCCGCGCCGGGGGCUGCCCGCUCUGCCCACGCAGCCCAGUCUGCUGCCUCGCGAUGCGCGCGCGCCACUGCCACGCCAGGGUUCUGUGCGCUUUGACAGACGCCGGGGUCUCCUGUACCUGCGACCACCACCGCCGUCUCCCGGGCCACGCAAAAGCCGCACAGUGCGCGCCCCGCCGCCUCCACCCCCGCUGCGCCUUGGACGCCCACUGUCACGUCGCCUGUCCCUGAGCAGUCCAGCAUGGGCCUUCAAUGCAGCGGUGGCGCUGGCUGUGCUGGUGGCCGCCGGUCUCGUGGUCUCUGGUGUCUACAUCUUCUUCCUCAUUCCUCAUGUCACCAACUCCGGUGCGCGGCCUCAGAUUGUGGCGCUGGCCCCUGAAAAUGGCUUCUGGGUCUCACCGCGGCCCACGCCAGUGGCACCCUGGACCCAUUCCUGGACACGACGCCCCACAAAACCUGACCUCGACCUGGACGAUACCCUGCCAGAGGCUACCAAGGACAUGCCGGAGCUUGAGGAGGCUACCAAGGACCCGGUAGAGACACAGGGAGUCCCGGAUUUACCACCGGAUCAAACACCAGAGGCAGAGACUGAACUUAGCUGGAACCCGAAGGCUCGGGCUGAUGGGAAGAGGAUGCAAUUGCAGCAGUAAAUGCCUCCACGCUGCAGGUACAGUCUCCUGGCCUGGGAACUUCUGUUUCCUCCAGGAAGGCAGUAAGAAAAUGCAUAUUAAAGUGCCCAUUUCUCUGAAACGAGGAAUGGAAAGACACAUGCUGUCUCAAACCACAGUAAUUAUUCUACAAGAAUCUUUUAAGUACAUCUGUAAUUCCCUUGACCAUCCAGCUGAAGGUACUCUGGCUAUGACCUUCAUGAACGGCAUUCCUUUGUUGAUCUAAAUGUGGUGCCUCUGAUGCUCAUCUCUGUGGAAGUCCAGCCGGCCUCUCCCCCAGUGUCAUCUACACAGAAUUGUGUCAGGGCCCUUUAGCCUUGAUCUUGGUGGAAUGCCGUUAGGAACACUUCAAGUUAUACCAGCACAGCCCCCUGCUGGAGACACUGCUGGCCAGCUCUGGGGACUGAAGGAUCUACUUAUCUUUGGGCCUACUGCAGGGGCUUGGGGCUCCCGUCUUGGGUGCACAAAACAGCUGUUCUGAUCAUGCGUCUUGCUGCCCACCCACAGACAGUCUGUAAACUUCAGUACCUGCACACCUGACCAAGAUUCCAACUUGGAGGGGCAAUUGUAGCCAGGCUAGAGCUGGGGAGGGCCCUGGCUCCUGAAGAGUGGCUCCCAUUUGAGAAGUAAAUCCCAAACUGAUCUGAGAACUUCGACUUCUCCUCUGAACUUUGAUUUCGGGGUCUGACUCAGUAUGUUGUGGAACAGUUGUGGUCAUCAAGGCUUCCUGUAGCUCACACAGAAAUAUUCAAUGGGGGAAGGUCUGGCCCUCCCUAGCUAACAUGAGAGAUGCUGUUAGCUACUCCUGGGCUCUAUCAGCUCUGCCUAGCCUUCCUUCUGCCUCAGCUAAACUGUAAGUCUUUUCCGUGUCCAUCUCUGUGGAAGAUGGCUCCUGUCUUCCUCCUAAAAGUCUUAUUUACUUAGAGUUGGAGGAAGGCAGCUACUCUCUGCAUAGUCUGAUCAAAGGGCCUCUGAAAACCAUGUCCUACCUCACCUCACCUGGCAUGAGACACUGUACAUUAAAGGUGGGCAGCAUUUUUCAGAAUGAAAUGUGACUUCUAU